GCAGUGGAAGUUUGACGCGGCGGGCACUACAGAGACUGCGUUAGCGCGUGUGCUGCGAGGUGCGGUCGUGGGGAGAGGAACCCGGAAGACCGCGCCCCAGGGAGAGGGCCUGCUGGUGCGAGCCUGCGCGCCAGCGAGCAGUCGAACAGCCGUGUCGUACGAGAGGUGGCGCAUCGCAGCGGGAAGAUUCGAGUGAAGUUUCAAGUGCAGUGUGUUCGGCGAGUAACAUCUGAGAACCAGCUUUCUGGACAAUCCUUUCACCAUGUCCGCACUGCUGUGUUCCUGUCAUGGAUACCUGUGCCUGUUUAGAUUGAUACACCGCACAAUUCGCAAUUGUAGAAAUACUGUUAUAAUUUCCUUCUCAAAAGAGAGCCUGCGGCGCGCGCAGAGGGAGGCUGCGCUGGCGGCCCGCGUCGGGCCAAGGCGCUGCCGGUGAAGGUGCUGCUGCGCACGUUAACGUGGAGCGACGACGACGUGACGCACGCGCUCUUCGCCGCCUCCUCCGCCUGCUCCGCAGCGCCAUCGCCCUCGCGCACCCGCGCAUCUUCCAGAGCGGCGACGUACGGGCGAGCGAACAUCGUGUGGCUGCUGCUGCACCACGGCGGCGCGAGCGUGGACGCGCGCUGCCGCCGCCUGCAGACGCCACUGCACCGCGCCGCCCACCGCGCCCACUCGCGCUGCGCCGACGUGCUGCUGGACAUGCGCGCGGCCGUCGACGCCAGGGACGUGACGGGGGCCACGCCCCUCCACCUGGCCGCCACCGCCUCCCGCGCCGCGGACGUCGUGCAGGCGCUGCUCGAGCGCGGCGCAGACCCCGAGGCCUUAACCAACUGCGGGCGGCGUCCUGUGCACUACGCGGCUGCUAAUGGCAAAUACAAGACCAUCCAGCAGCUGGUGGACGCCGGCGCUGACAUCAACGCUCGCACCUCCUCCGGCAACACAGUCUUGCACAUCGCCGCCUCCAGCUGCAGCAGCGCGAGGUGCGUGGAGGAGCUGGUGCGGCACGGGGCGGACCUGCACGCGCGCGACCGCCACCGCCUGACGCCGCUGCACGUGGCGGCUGCGCACGGCCGAGGCGCCGUGCUGCGCGAGCUGCUGCGCCUGGGCGCGCGCACGGACCUGCAGGCGCUGCGCGACUACACGCCCCUGAUGAUCGCCAUGGCGCGACGCGACCAGGCCUGCGUUCGCGCGCUCGCAGAGGCAGGAACAGAUGAAGUGGCUGCCAAUCGACAAGGCCAUUACGCUCUGAUGGGGCCAACCCAUAACCCUUCAGACCCGGAGACAGAAGAGGAAAGUGAACUCUAAGCACGCCUGCCCUUUCGAGCCUUUUCCUCUAUUCUCUUAAUUUCCAAGCUAAGAUUUCACUUUCAUACCUUUUCAGUAGAAUUUACACUUCAACGCUCUUCAAGAUGUGUAAAUCUUGUAAAAUCGUGACUAUUUGUCUUUUGAGAAGACAAAUUAAAUUGCUUUAUUGCUGCUUUCGUUCAUCAAUAGAAUUUUUUCACGUUUCUCAUCUCCUAUUAAUGUUGUAGUAUUAAACUUCUUUUUUAAUUG